UCCAGAUCACCUAUUCUAUACAAAAGAAAAACUAAUUUGUGAGUACUGUGUAGCUGAGCUUAUCGAUUGCUCCGUUGAUGAAAGAUAUAUGUGUGGGUUCUUUAUUUCUUCGCAUUUAUCAAAUAUAUGUGGCAGAUCUUUAUAAAGGUAUGUAAGUGAUAAUUGCGAGGUUAAGAGAAGUGAUAUCGUAUCAGAAUCAUCUUUGGAAUUUGCAACUUAUUGGCAUGUAUAUCACGUAAUGGCUGAAAUUGCAGUUGUAUACCUUGUUGCAAGGUUGGAGGAUUGUAUUUAUAAAGAGGCUAACAAGAAGAGGGCAGCUAAAUUAACUAAACUGCAGACCGAGUUCAAUAGAGUUAGGCCAUUUCUCAAACAUGCUGAUUGGAGAUGGAUAAUUAUGGAAGACCAUGUAUAUGAAAAAUGGGUUACAGAUGUCAUUGAUUUGGCAUGUGAGAUAGAAAAUGCCAUUGACAGUGAUUUUUGUACUAAAAGAGAUACAAAAGAGUUUUCUGUGACCUCUUUUAUGGAUCUUGUAGGAGAAUCUAUAAACUACUUCUCUGAAAAAAAGAUUACUGAUAAUUCUUAUUUGGACAUCUCGAAUUUUCUUGAGAGAACCAGUAAGAAGCUCAAGGAGGUGGAAAUUAUGAAAAGUCUUCCUUUUAUCAGUUUACUGGAAGAUGCCGGAGGUGAAGGACAAAUGUGGCAUACAGAUAGUUUUACCCGCAAGUUACCUUUGGACUGUAUGGUGGGAAGAGAUAAAGAGAUUAAAAUACUUGAGGAGUGGUUGCUCAAUGAGAAUGUAGAUACUGCACUUAUUGUAGCAGUAACCGGCACUAUUGGGAUUGGCAAAACUGCUAUGUCAAGCACGGUCUUUGAUCAUUUGAAGAUACAUUUUGACUGUGCUGCAUGGAUAUAUGUUACUUCUCGUCCCGCUAUAGAUCUGUUGAGGGACAUGUAUACAGGUUUUCACAGAUCUUCAUUAGAGAUCUCGGGUAAAAAACAUCUGGAUGACCUGGAUGAAGAGGAGUUGACAAAGAUAAUAAGUUCUUACUUGGUUGAGAAGAAGUUCUUGUUGGUUGUAGAUGACUUGGAUGCAUUAGAUGCCUGGGAAUAUGUCAAGCGUGCAUUGCCUUUAAAUUGCAAAGGAAAGGUAGUUGUGACAACUCGCAACCCAGAAAUUUCUGCUAUUCUGUGUCAUCAUGUUCUCCAUCUUGAACCACUGUCUACUGAAGAUUCCCUUAUAUUGUUGCGCAGACGAAGUUGCUGGCAGCAAUAUGACCUAGAUGACGUGCUCUGGCCUUCUUCAGGGGAACUGCUAGUGGAGGAGAUUUUGCAGAUCUGUCAAGGUCAGCCCCUAGUGAUUGCAACAAUUGGGGGGAUGCUCUCAACAGUGAACAUUAAGGAACCAAAGGAAUGGGAUAAAUUUCUUGGUAUACUAAGGGCAUCCGUUGGGAGUUUGUGUCAAUUCAACAUAAUCCAAAAGGCUCUUUUAGUAAGUUACUUUUCCUUGCAACCUAUGUUAAAGUGCUGCUUACUGUAUUGUGGCAUUUUCCCAUUACAUCAUGAAAUCUCAUGUAAGAAGCUUAUUCGGGCAUGGGUUGCAGAGGGGUUUAUAGAAAAACAGCUAUUAGGAAUGACUGCAGAGGAAAUUGGAAAGCUCCUCCUAGAUGAUCUUAUUCGCAGAAAUCUGCUUGAAGUGGCAAGAGUUGGUGCAAACGGGGAAGUGGUAUCAUGUAGGCUCCUGCGGCUCAUGCAACAUUUCAUUCUUAAAACGCUGAAUAGAGACUAUAUAUCCAUUUUAUCCAACGAACUUGUUUCGCCAUCCAAGGUAACUCGCAUCCUUGUGAUACAUGGUGUGAUCAAUAAUUUGAUGCCUGGUGUGAACACCAACUCAGUUCGGUCCCUACUUCUUGUUAGACAAAAUGGCCUAUCUACUCCUUCUGUGUUGCAGAACUCGUUUUCAAAUAUAAAAUUUUUGCGUGUUUUAGAAUUGCAGAAUAGUCCGAUUGAUGUUUUGCCUGACUCAAUUGGAGACCUUGUAUUAUUACGUUAUAUAAAUCUAAGGGGUACCAGGAUCCAUAAUAUUCCCCCUACUAUCAAGAGUUUGCGAGAAUUACAAACCCUUGAUAUUAGAGACACUUGUGUGAGAGCUUUACCUGGCGGCAUUGAUGGCCUCAAAAUGUUGAGGCACCUCCUCCUCGCAGAUUCAUUUAGCAAUAGACUUGUGAAGCUUGAUGGUGAUGUCAUGUUUUGCAAAGAUCUUCAAACACUUGCAGGAAUUAAGCUAACACAACAAAUUGCCUAUGGAUUACCAUACCUUCCCCAGCUCUUGAAAUUAUCUGUGGGCGAUGUAGAAGGUCGAGCAACAUCGUUGCAGCUCUCUAAAUCUAUUGACAUGAUGAAAAACCUGAACUCCCUGACCAUAAAAUGUGCUUGGAGAAAAGAAAUCCAAAUACAAGCAUCAAAUCCUCUAGAGAAUUUGGAAAAAUUACGUAUUAGUGGCUGGAUUAAAAACUUGCUUGGUUGGGUAUGCAGAUUAAAAUCUCUCAAGUAUUUGUACCUGCGGGAUUGUAUGUUGAUUGAUGACCCGGUUUCAAGCCUCCAGGGUCUACCCAGUCUCUGUGUCCUGUCAUUAUAUAAUGCCUACAAAGGAAGCCACAUUCAUUCUGUUGAUGCAUCAGGAUUUCCUAAUCUCAAGGAGCUCUCCCUUCAAAACUUAGCAGGACUCGAGGAAUGGAUGAGGAUAGAGGAAGGAUCUAUGAGGAGCCUCUAUACGAUAAAUAUUGCAAAAUGUCCACUACUGAAGUUGCCUCCAAAAGGUAUGGAAAACCUUGCUAAUUUACAGAAAGUGCAAGUCAAGACUAUGCCUGCAGAAUUUAUCAUGAAGACGAGAGAACUACUUCUGCAUACAAAUGUACACUUUUCUGUUGUCUGCUAAUAUACAGGUUGGUCCAUCAAAUGAAACUCAAUAUAGUAAACAUUCUACGUUUUCCAAAAAGCUUCUCUUCAUAUUAAGCUAGUGAUCAAAAUGAAAUUUUGUGGGUAAGAAAUACAACUAAAAUUUUAAAUUAGAAUUUCACUUCUGCGCAGCUUCUUUCCACUAUUUUCCUAUCCUGUAUUUGUGUUUUAGUUUUCCUCACUCCUUCAAAACUCGUGUUUCCCUUCCACUGAAAGUUUGUUUGGGCUUGCAAAACUACUUGUUGGAUUCAGAUAUAUUGACUUCUUGUCUGAAUGCCUAUUGGUAUGAUGUGGCCACAGGAACUGCACUAUUAGAUAUGUAUGCAAAAUGUAAUAUCUGGAAGAUUUGAAUAAUUAAUACAACCUCUUUAAUGAAA